AUGAUGGGCUGGGACAAUAGACAUGAUCACGUGCACCUAACAUACGAAAUCGGAAGAGUGCCGUUCGUGCAUAACGAACUACUCUACAGCAGCCGAGGACUAACAACGCCACUGGACGCGGGGAAGUUAGUUUCAGGUUUGCAGUACCUCUACAGCGCCCCGAUCGAAAGCCGACUCGAGCACGUACCAACGACAGCGCGUUAA